AUGAAUCAGACAUAUGUAUGGGCUAUAGCCCAAACAGAGACUUUAUUCCAGAGUCACAGCCGAAAUAGUCUCUGGGGCUAUUUUCUUGUGAUAUCGACCGCGGGGUAUCUCCUGUACUGGGCUUUUGACAGAACCUACAAGCUUCAUAUGCACCCCCUCGCCAGUUUCCCCGGCCCCAAGGAAGCUUGCGUAUCACAGAAGUGGCUUCAUCGAGUAUCUGAAGAGGGUAGCCCUGAACGUGUUUUCGAAAAGUUGCAUCAGAAAUAUAACUCUAGAGCAAUCAGGAUUGGCCCCAACGAGUUACAUAUCGACGAUGUCACGCUUUACAAGUCUGUGUAUAAUCAGAAUGCAACUUAUCUUAAACACGAAGGAUUCUAUGGCGGUUUCAACGUCCCGCACACCGUUUUUGCCGAACACGUUCCUAGUCUCCACAAAGAGCGACGACGACGCCUGAAUCCAUUCUUUUCCCGUCGUGCUAUUGAGAAGCUAGAGGAUUUGCUCAAGGGAAAGAUCGGACAACUAGGAAAACGGAUUGACAGCCAGAUUGGCCCUUACAAUAUCUACAAUGCCGCAAGGUGCACCACCGUCGACAUCAUCUCUCAUUACUGUGCCGGGAAGCCACUCGGUCAACUCGAGAAGAGCGACCAGAAUUUUCACGGUGACUUCCUGCAGUCCUUUGAUUCUCUUUCCAAGGUUCUCUGGAAGUUCAUGUAUCAGCCGAUUUUCCGAAAGAUCAUCACAAGUAUUCCCGACUCCAUCGCCAAGGCUGCAGAUUCGGAGACUCGCACUAUGCUGACGCUAUAUGAUGCGUGUCGUGCGGCAGCAAUCGAAUACAAAAGGAGCCCACCACAGUCUGACCAUGCUACUAUUUUCUCCUGCCUGUCAGACCUUCGAGAGGAAGAUAUGGGAGCUGAAGCGUGCGACUUGCUCAUAGCCGGAUCAGAUACUACAGCGUACACAAUAGCGUCAUCUAUCUUCCACAUCAGUCAGAAUACUUCCAUCAAAAGAAAACUCGUCGAAGCUCUGGAUGCGGCGAAUAUCAAUGUGGAGGAGUUGCCGUCCUUAGUGGAGUUGGAAAGGAUCGAGUAUCUAAAUGCUACAGUUCGCGAAGCCAUACGAUUUGCCAUACCCGCGCCUGGCAGACUUCCACGGGUGGUUCCACACGACGCCAAGCCUCUUGUUGUUGACGGCCAAGUUAUUCCUGCGGGCACCGUCAUUGGGAUGUCCGCGUAUACUAUGAAUUUCAGCAAAGAGUUAUGGGGUGAGGAUGCUGCAAUGUUCAAUCCCGACCGAUGGCUGGGUGUUAACGGUAAGGCUAUGGAAUCCAACAUGUGCUCAUUCUCGAAGGGCAUACGAAGUUGCCUUGGGCAGAACCUCGCAAAUGCAGAGAUCCAUUACAACCUCGCAUAUAUUUUUGGAAAAUACGACGUCGACUCGGUAACCAAGGGGGACAAGUUGGAAGUCUUCGAUCGGUUUGCAACCCACGUGCCCAGCCAUAAUAUUAUGGUGGACCUACGACGACGAGAGAAUUCGGCCAGAUAG